AGAAAUGUCAAAACUCGAAUGAAAACAUUCGUUAUGAAGUUGCUUCAGUGCCCCAUGCUAUUAUGGUGAAUCAAAACAGUAAUUCGAUAAUGAUGUAAUUUUGAUACAUAUUCUUUGCAAAGUUAUUCACAAUGUCGUUGACGCUUUUGAGAAACAUCUGUCGGCAGCAACAUCUACAAAAGCAAGGCACUUUUGUAUGUAGCCGUUUUGUUCAUCAAGAACAACAGAAAAGAGACAGCGAUCAACAUCAACAAAGCCCAAAAGAAAAACUUGCAGCUAAGUACAGUCGGGAAAACGUGAAGCGCAAUGUGCAAGGAUAUGUAUUCUCCCGUUUUUUCGAUUAUGUUAAGAAUUAUGACAAAGUUCUGGAGAAAAAGUUUCCUUCGGCAAUGCACGUGUAUCGUGUAUUUUUGGUCGGAGUGAAAGACUUUUUCAAUGAUAUGAAACGACUAGUCAAAAUUACCAAAAUUGUAUACACGCACGACAAUGAUCUCCGGUGUCUCACGCGCAAGGAGAUCGAACUGUACUACCAAAUGCCGAGAGAUAUGAAAAAGGUUGCACCAGUGCUACUGAUUUCCGCCCUUCCUUUUGCGAACUAUGUGGUAUUUCCGUUAGCUUACAUGUAUCCGCGAAAAUUUCUUACCUCCCAUUUCUGGUCCAUUCAGCAGAAAGUAGAUUUUGCCCAGGAAGAUCUCAAACAGAGGCUAUACUAUAAUCGACGAGUGUUUCGCUGUAUGCAAGCCAAACUAGACGUGUUGCGGAAGGCUCAAGAUCCCCUGCACGAGAAAUUUAACUCCAUUUUAGGCCUUCUGGGAAGCGGUUUACAUCCGACGUCCGAUGAAAUCCUGAAUAUUCAAGACCUCUUCGUUCGGCCUCCAUUUCAUUUAGGACACCUAUCGUCAGUACAUUUAAAAUAUCUUUGCAAACUUCAUGACUUACACACUGGAAUGAUGCGGAGGUUUCGGCUAUCAGAGCGAGCCUACGUGAUACAUCACAUGGAUUUGGCAAUUAAACGAGAGGGAGGAGUUCACAACAUGCCCAUUGAAUCACUGAAACAUGCCUGCUUUCUUCGCGGACUAAAUGCGACCAAUCUGAGUAAUGAAAGUAUGAUUGAAUGGCUUAAAGAAUGGGUGAAAGUGUCUUUAAUAAUUAAUCAGGACAAUAUUAGCUUAUUUCUUCACCUGCCGAUAUUACUUUCCUAUAAUCAUCCCAACAAUUGGAUUUUAAUUCACUGAAAAAGACUGUAAAAUGGGUGGAUCUUUUUUGGCAAAUCUGUCCAAGUUAUAUUUUUAUGUUGAAUAAACUCAAUUCCAAACA